GUAUUUUCUCUCUUUUUUUUUUCUGGAAAAAAAUAAUUAGUGAUGGUAUUUUGGUGUUCUGAUUACCAGUAAAUUGAGUUUUUGCUCUGAUUAUUACCUGUUUUUUUCUGAUUUGUUCUUAAUUUAGUUGAUGUGGUUAUUGUUGAUUUUUCUGAUUAUUGUUCUGUUUAUUCUUAUUGUGCUAUUUUGGUGUUCUGUUUGUUUAUUGUGCUCUGAAUAUCUCUGUUUACAAAUUAUUAUUAAAGUUCUGGUUUUCAUCCUGUAUAGGUUUCAUCGAGUCUAGGAUUGGGUUAUGGUCUAAAAAAUAAGCUUGGUACAUAUUUAGGCCGGGUCUGGAUUAGGACAAACCGGUUUCACUAGCCGCAUGAUCAGAUCAAAGUUACUAUCUUUACAUAACCUAUUUCCAGAAACAGAUUCAUUUACUUGAAAGUUAAAACCUUUUGUAAAUUUUGUUGGCCCCUUCAAAUAAUGCCGCCCCCAAAGCUCUACAAUGCAUUGCAAAAUUGUAUAUUAUCCAAAUCUUUCACUCUCACGCGUUUUCUCACCUUCCAAAUUCGUUCCCUUUCAUCAACUUCUUCUGCUUCUUCUCCUGCUACCCCAUCACAGGACCAUGUCUGCCACCUCAUCCUUGAACAGAAAACCGCUUCCAAGGCCAUUGAAACUUUCAGAUGGGCCUCCUCACUACCCAACUUCACCCACUCCCAAUCCACAUACCGUGCCUUGAUCCAUAAGCUAUGUACUUUCCGCCGUUUCGACAGCGUCAAGCAACUGCUCGACGAAAUGCCUGACUCAAUCGGCACCCCUCCUGGCGAUGAAAUCUUCGUCACAAUUGUCCGCGGGUUCGGCCGUGCCAGCAUGACUCGUGCGGUCAUCAAGGUCCUUGACUUGGUGUACAAGUUUCAUAGCAGCCCUUCCUUGAAGAUAUACAACUCCAUUCUUGAUGUCCUUGUGAAGGAGGACGUUGGCAUAGCUAGGGAGUUUUAUAGGAAGAGUAUGAUGGAGUCUGGGGUUGUUGGGGAUGAUUAUACUUUUGGGAUCUUGAUGAAAGGGCUCUGCUUGACCAAUAGGAUUGGUGAGGGCUUUAAGCUCCUGCAGAUGAUCAAGUCUAGCAGAGGGGUCACACCAAACACUGUGAUUUACAACACCUUGCUUCAUGCACUUUGUAGAAAUGGAAAAGUUGGGAGGGCUAGAAGCUUGAUGUCUGAGAUGGUGGAACCGAAUGAUGUCACGUUUAACAUUUUGAUAUCCGGGUAUUGCAAAGAGGAGAAUUUAGUUCAGGCUCUAGUGAUGCUGGAGAAGAGCUUUGCCAUGGGUUUUGUUCCUGAUAUUGUCUCUGCGACUAAGGUUGUGGAAGGUCUUUGCAAGGCCGGCCGUGUGACGGAGGCUGCUGAGGUUUUGGACAGAGUUGAGAGCAUGGGGGGUUCACUUGAUGUUGUGGCUUAUAACACCUUGAUAAAGGGGUUUUGUGGAGUAGGAAAAGUAAAAGUUGGGAUUCAUUUCCUGAAGCAAAUGGAGAGUAGAGGCUGUCUUCCAAAUGUAGACACCUAUAACAUACUCAUAUCUGGUUUUUGUGAUUCUGGGAUGUUAGAUUUGGCCCUGGAUCUUUUUAAUGACAUGAAAACAGAUGGGAUCAAAUGGAACUUCACUACAUUCGACACGAUAAUUAGAGGGUUGUGUUUGGAAGGAAGAAUCAAUGAAGGUUUUUCAAUUUUGGAGCUGAUGGAGGAAAGCAAAGAAGGCUCUAGAGGGCACAUUAGUCCUUACAAUAGCAUAAUAUAUGGUCUAUUCAAGCAGAACCGUUUUGAUGAAGCAGUUGAAUUUCUAACAAAGUUAGGAAAGAUGUUUCCAAAAGCUGUUGACAGAAGCAUGACGAUUUUUGAACAUUGUAAGCAGGGGAGUAUUGAGGAUGCAAAGAGGGUAUAUGAUCAGAUGAUUGAUGAAGGUGGAUUUCCAAGUAUUCUAGUUUAUGAUUGCCUAGUGCGCAGAUUAUCCGAAGACGGUUGCGUCCGAGAAGCGGUUGAGCUGAUGAAUGAAAUGAUUGCCAAUAACUGCUUUCCAGUUCCAUCUACAUCCAAUGCAAUCAUUGCAGGGUUUUGCAGACAAGAAAAAGUUGAAAGUGCAUUGAAGUUCAUGGAAGAUAUCACUGCAAGAGGGUGUGAAACCAAUGCAGAAACUUAUGGUCCUUUGAUUAAUGUUAUAUGUAAGAAGGGUGAUCUUCAAAAAGCCUUGCAACUCUUCCUAGAAAUGGUAGAAAACGGCAUCAUUCCUAACCAUUUUAUUUGGAAUUCACUGCUAUUGAGUCUAAGCCAAGAAAAUUAUUUCAAAAAUAAGAAUAUGAUCAACAUACAUGACCUACUAUAGUACUAUUUGUUUUGUUUCCUCUAGUGAUUUAAAACUAUUUCAUCAUUUUUUAUGCAAUCAAUACCAUUUUUGUUUACUGGUUUUGAUGUUAUCUAGAUGCAUAUUUAUCUAAAUACACAAUAUCUUUAGUUUGUUGGAUAUAGUUUUAGGAAAAAUCAAGAGAGAUGUUAGAAUACAUACAAAACCAUAUCUGUUGAUAGAUAUCAAUAGCAUUGGAUAUUUUGUGGGA